AUGGCGAAACAGUACGAGCUCCCUUUUCAGCUUGACGAUCCCAGUCUGCUUCACUUCGAUUCCUUUGUGAACAACGAAUGGGUCACUGCUUCAGAUGGCAGCCGAUUCGAAGUCGUAGACCCCGGAACCGCCAGACCAUGGGCCAGCUGCCCAGCGAACAGUGCGAAAGAUGUCGCCCGUGCAGUCGAGGCGGCCCAUGCCGCUUUUGAGGAAUACAAGAAGAUGAACCCCCGCCAAAGAGCGAUGCUGCUGCUGAAAUGGGACGGGCUGAUCCGCGAAGCUCGCUCGGAUCUGGCCAAGAUACUCACGCACGAGACCGGCAAGCCCAUCGCAGAGUCACUGGGGGAAAUCGACUACGCGCUGGGUUUCACCUGGUGGUUUGCGGGUGAAGCGGAGCGGAUCCAUGGCGGGAUCGCGACGCCAGCGGCUCCCAACCGCCGUGUGUUCACCAUCAAGCAGCCGAUCGGCGUCGCCGCCGCACUGGUCCCCUGGAACUUCCCCAUUGCCAUGGUGCUGCGCAAAGCCGGCGCCGCCUUCGCCGCCGGCUGCACCAUGGUCGUCAAGCCGAGCCCCGAAACACCCAUCACAACCCUCGUCCUGGCCCAUCUGGCGCACAAAGCCGGCUAUCCCGCCGGCGUCUUCAACGUCCUCACCACCGACCUGGACAACACGCCGUCCCUGAGCGAAGCCCUCUGCAAGCACCCGCUCGUCAAAAAAGUCACCUUCACCGGCUCCACUCGCGUCGGCAAGCUCAUCGCCUCCCACUGCGCACAUGGCCUGAAGAAACUCACCCUCGAGCUCGGCGGCAACUGCCCGUUCAUCGUCUUUGACGACGCCAACCUCGACCAGGCCCUCGGCCAGCUGAUGGCCCUCAAGUGGCGCCACGCCGGCCAGGCUUGCAUCACCGCAAACAGAAUCUACGUCCAGUCCGGCGUCCACGACCGGUUCGUGCAGCUGCUCAAAGAGCGCACCGCCGCCCUCGUCGUCGGGCACGGCGCCGACGAGGGAACCACCAUGGGCCCCGUCACCACGCCCCGCAGCCUGGACAAGGCAGCCAGCCAGGUCGAAGAUGCGCGCAGCCGGGGCGGGAAGGUGAUACUGGGGGGCAAGCCCAAGACGGAUUGCGGCGGGGGAUACUUUUUCGAGCCCACGAUCAUCACGGGUAUGACGCCGGAGAUGCUGAUCUCGCGCGAGGAGACGUUUGCGCCGGUUGCGGCGGUGUACAGGUUUGAGACGGAGGAGGAGGCGGUGCGGUGGGCGAAUGAUACGAGUAUGGGCCUGGCGAGCUAUGCGUUUACAAAGGAUGUGGAUCGCAUGUGGAGGAUGUUGGAGAAUCUGGAGGCGGGCAUGAUUGGGAUGAACACCGGCAAUUCAUCUGCUGCUGAAUCGCCGUUCGGUGGGAUCAAGGAAUCCGGCUAUGGCAAGGAGAGCGGCAAAGACGUUGCUGUUAACGAAUACUUGAUAACCAAGACGGGAACCUUUACUCUGGAAGGUCAAUAUUGA